GCAUGGAGGGCGAGAGCACGUCCGCGGUGCUCUCCGGCUUUGUGCUCGGCGCACUGGCUUUCCAGCACCUCAACACGGACUCGGACACGGAAGGUUUUCUUCUUGGGGAAGUGAAAGGUGAAGCCAAGAAUAGUAUUACUGAUUCCCAAAUGGAUGAUGUUGAAGUUAUUUAUACAAUUGACAUCCAGAAAUAUAUUCCAUGCUAUCAGCUUUUCAGCUUUUAUAAUUCUUCUGGUGAACUAAAUGAGCAAGCACUGAAGAAAAUAUUAUCAAGUGUCAAAAAGGCUGUGGUUGGUUGGUACAAAUUCCGACGUCAUUCAGACCAGAUCAUGACAUUUAGAGAGAGACUGCUUCACAAAAACUUACAAAAUCAUCUUUCAAGCCGGGAACUUGUUUUUCUACUGUUAACACCAAGUAUAAUAACAGAAAGCUGCUCUACUCAUCGGCUGGAGCAUGCCUUAUAUAAACCUCAGAAGGGACUUUUUCACAGGAUACCAUUAGUGGUGGCCAAUCUGGGCAUGUCUGAACAACUGGGUUAUAAAACCAUGUCAGGUUCCUGUGAGUCCACUGGUUUUAGCCGAGCAGUAAAAACACACAGCUCUGAAUUUUUUACAGAAGAUGGAUCUUUAAAGGAGGUACAUAAAAUAAAUGAAUUGUAUGCUUCUUUACAAGAGGAAUUAAAGAGUAUAUGCAAGAAAGUAGAACACAGUGAGCGAGCGGUAGAGAAACUACUAAAGGACGUAACCAGAUUGAAAUGGGAAAUUAAAAAAAGAAAACAGGCACAAAUUCAAGCAGCACGUAAGUAAAAAAACAUCGAAAAAGACCCUCAGGAGAACAUUUUUCUUUGUCAAGCUUUACAGACCUUUUUUCCAGAUCAUGAAUUUCUUCAUUCAUGUGUUAUCUCCUUGAAAAAUAGGCAUAUUUCUAAAAGUAGCUGUACUGCCAACCACCAGCUCAAUGUGAUAGAUAACCUGACCUUAAUGGUAGAAUACACUGACAUUCCUGAAGCUAGUCCAGCUAGUGGUGGGCCUCAAAUGAUUAAACGUAAAGCUUUAGAUACCGAUGAUGGAUGGCAAUUCAAGAAGUCACGGCCGUUAGAGAUACAAAACAAACCAUCUAAAACAGAUACUGAUAGUAGUAAUCAAGAAAAAGCAUCCACAAUGAGCAGCCCCGAAACAGAUGAAGACAUUGAAAAAAUGAAGGGUUGUGGUGAAUAUCCACAGUCUCCUACAUUUUGAUCAUUUUAGGCCAAAAGGACAUUUUUAAUUGGCUGAAGGGUAAAGCCAUUUGUAUUGUUUUUACUAUGUUCAGGUAUUUUACAGUAAUACUUAAGUUCUAGUACA